UUCAAAAGAGCUACAAAUCAAACGCAAACGCAAUAACAAUACCACACCGUUAUAACUGCUAUCUGUACAUAUUUUACAAUUAUCGUGUUACGUCAAAACUUUAAUGCAAUAAUUUAGUCCGUAUAAAUGCUUCCAUUUCGUUUCCUUUGCGUUUUCUCUUGAAAUGAGCUCUUACGUAGCCAACUCGUUGUUUAAGCAAACUCACGAUGCGUCAGCUUUCGCUUUGCACAACCAUGGCUACGGAUCUAACCCUGACCUCAACGUGUCCGGCUACAGUGGUUAUGGAGGGCAUGAUCACCGCGGGUCAUUUGCGUCCCCACGGUCCUCGAGUUCCAUUGGCAUGGGAGAGAUGAACACUGUGCUGCGUGGCAAUCCUGGCGACCUUACACCACCGCCAGAGUCUUCCACAGGAGACGCUACCCAGAGACACCUCAUGAACGAGCAGACAAGCGGCCAGGGAUCUCUAAAUCUGGGACUGUAUCGUCGAAAACCGGUGACGAACUCAGAUUUGAGCGAAAUGCCCAUCCGCAAGACACAAACAGGAGAGAUCAAAGUCGGAACUUUGCAACCCGUCCAGCCAGUAACACUAGCAAACCAUUCGACUCAGCCACAAACCAGCGAGCAGCAACCGCAAAUAUAUCCCUGGAUGACUAAACUACACAUGGGUCACGAGGCUGACGGCAAAAGGUCAAGGACGAGUUACACACGCUACCAAACUCUGGAGUUGGAGAAAGAAUUCCAUUUCAACCGGUAUCUGACGCGUCGUAGGCGCAUCGAGAUCGCGCAUAUGCUCUGUCUGAAUGAGAGGCAAAUCAAAAUCUGGUUCCAGAACCGACGAAUGAAGUGGAAGAAGGACUCAAAGCUUAAAAUGAAAGAGUCCAUCUAAAACAAGGGGGCAUUUUCAAACGAUAUCAACGUUUCUGUUUGAGAUGACAUUCAAAGACUCUCAUCACUACCCGUUUCCAAACCGUGACUUUUGUGAUGCGAUGUUUCAGUGUGAUAAUAAUGAACAUUCUUCGAUGAUGGAUCUGAUGAUGUAAUAUAUCUGUCAUGUUGUUUGAAUAUUGUACUGUUUUAUUUUAUACCUUGGAAUAUGAACUUGUUCAACAGAGUCCUAUAGAACUUUUGAGAAUGUAAACGCUUGAAAUAGAUUAAUUAUAGAAAAUAUUACUUUAAUAAUUUUAACGUUUCAUCCCUUCCCCUCUUUUUCCUUAAAUUCAUUUCAAGUCGAAAGUUAUUGAUAUUAUCGUAUAUUCCUGCUGUACUAUCAACAUUGUUUUCUCCGUGUGAGUUUUCUAUUAAUUUAUAUAAAACACAACCACGAAAGGUAAAUUCAUUGUAGUUAGCCUACUCUUCAAACUUCUUCUACAUUUUUAUUCUGUUUGUGUUUUUCUGUUGUUUUUUUU